CAGUAGCUUUUCCACAAACUGGACGUUGCGCGGAGAGACACGUAUUUAUGUAGCACAACCUAAGAGGAGAGUCGCUUUAUGUGAUCAACCCGUCGUUUACAAGCCAAUUAUAUGCGACUUUGACGACUCUCACAUUUUUUUUUGUUGUUGUUCGCGAUUCAUCAUUCUAGACGGAAUGCCCAUGUGUCCAGGUUGAAGUAGCUAACGUUAGCUACAGUAGCUAGCCUGGAGAGCUGUGGACACUGGGUCUGGCUUAUAUAGGCUAUCAUCAGUGGUUUGCAAAUUGCGUAAUGACUAUCAUUUAUGUAACUAUCCAGUUGAGCACAGUCUGACGUUGAACUGGUGUAUUUAGCUAUCUUAUUCGCAAUGACAACAUUUGCGGGGUAUGAACAGUUGGAAUAAGUGAUCCAUUUCUUAGAUUUGCGAUGCUGACAGACUUGGGUGGGGCUGUUUUGGAUGACACGCAGUGAAAUAACAGAAGAUAUUCUCAGGAUAUAGCUAUCUACUCAACCUAGGGAUUCAGAACACAAUGACCAAGCCCGACUCGAAGAGGAGCAGCGUGGCUCUUGUCACUGGCAAACCUGCCAAUGCUGCAGAGGAGCAGGUCAAUGAUGGCUCAUCUGACCCUUCAGUGUCCGGUUCUCCCCACCACGCAUUGACCCCGGCGACUCCAACCAAACACAAAUCUGCAAAACAAGUCUCCCGAGACAACCUUUCUAGACGAAACACGGAGUCUGAAGUAUUCGACGAUGGAACCAACACCUUUUUCUGGAGAGCACAUACAGUCACUGUGCUUUUCAUUCUCACGUGUGUGUUGGUCUAUGUCACUCUGUUGGAGGAGACGCCCCAGGAUACGACGUACAACACGAAAAGAGGGAUUGUGGCCAGCAUCCUAGUGUUCCUCUGCUUUGGAGUGACACAAGCCAAAGAUGGCCCAUUCACCAGACCACAUCCAGCAUACUGGCGCUUCUGGCUAUGUGUCUCCGUUGUCUACGAGCUAUUCCUUAUCUUUGUGCUGUUCCAGACGGUCCGUGAUGGGAGACAGUUUAUGAAGUACAUUGACCCCAAACUGGGGGUAGCCCUGCCGGAGAGGGAUUAUGGCGGCAACUGCCUCAUAUACGACCCGGGGAACACCACCGACCCCUGGCAUAACAUCUGGGACAAGAUGGAUGGCUUUGUCCCCGCUCACUUUCUUGGCUGGUAUAUUAAGACACUUGUGAUCAGAGACUGGUGGAUGUGUAUGAUCAUCAGCGUGAUGUUUGAGUUCCUGGAGUACAGUCUGGAGCACCAGCUUCCCAACUUCUCUGAGUGCUGGUGGGACCAUUGGAUAAUGGAUGUGCUGGUGUGUAAUGGCCUGGGGAUCUACGCUGGGAUGAAGACCUUAGGCUGGCUGUCUAUGAAGCCCUACCAGUGGCAGGGACUGUGGAACAUCCCCACAUACAAGGGGAAGAUCAAGCGCAUGGCCUUCCAGUUCACACCCUACAGCUGGGUCAAGUUUGAGUGGAAGCCUGCCUCCAACCUACGCAGGUGGCUGGCUGUCCUGGGAAUCAUCUUCAUGUUCCUGCUGGCGGAGUUGAACACCUUCUACCUGAAGUUUGUGCUGUGGAUGCCUCCGGAGCACUACCUGGUGUUGCUUCGCCUCGUCUUCUUUGUCAAUGUGGGCGGAGUGGCCAUGAGGGAGAUCUACGACUUCAUGGACGACCCGAAGUUCUAUAGGAAGCUGGGGCAGCAGGCGUGGCUGGUGGCGGCCAUCACCGUGACCGAGUUCCUCAUCGUAGUCAAAUACGACCCCAGGACCAUCAUGCUGCCCAUCCCCUUCUUCGUCACCCAAUGCUGGUUCCUGGGCAUCGUCCUCAUCCUCAGCUGGACAUUGUGGCGCUUCUUCAUCCGUGACAUCACUCUCCGCUACAAAGACGCUCGCCGACGGAAGCAGGAGGUCACAGGGGACUGUGGCCGUCCCCAUGGCAACGGUGGCACGGCAACCCCGUCGGGACGCAGCAAACUCAAUGGCAUCUCCGAGUCUCUCCGACACAGGAAGUCCUGAGAGGCGGAGCCUGCCGCUGGUAGGGGGUGGGGAAAGGGACAAAAAAAAAGAGCCGCAAAGCGCUGCAGCGCCAUACACACGCAGGGCACCUGGAUCACAAGUGUAGAGGUGUGUCUGGGGGAAGGGGGAUGUUGUUCUUGUGCCUACCUGAACAGUGUCAUAGUCAUUCCUGUGCUGGCUUUUCACUGUUAACACUAAUCACAGAACAAAACACCGAACAGGGAUUUGGGGUUGUGGUGUCAGCUAGCUAUCCCAUACUACAGGGAUUUACCUCAUGUACGUUCAUUGUGUAAUCGUGCUGGGAAAUUUACGGGGGCGAUUUUAUUAUUCUGUUAUAUGUUGAAAUUUAAUUGGGUCCAAAACAUUUUUUUUUUUUUGCAAAACUGGGAUCACAAAGGGUAUUGGGUUGGGACAGAUGAUGGAUUUUGUUUUCACGUGGCAGAAUUAUGUUAACUUAAAAUGUAAUCAGGAUGAAGUAAGGGUUGGGAGGGAGAGGAACUGAACCCCCCAAGGGGCCAGCAAACAUACUUACAAGCUAAAUAACAGACAAAGCUUUGAACAAAUCCCUGUUCAAGCCAUUUUCUGCUAAAGCAGGGUUUCCCAAACUCUGUCCUGGGACCCCCCUGGGUGCAUGUUUUUUCCUCUAGCACUACACAGCUGACUCAAAUGAUCACCGUUUGAUGAGUUUGGUAUUUGAAUCAGCUGUGUAGUGCUAUGGCAAAAAACAGAACGUGCACCCAGGGGGGCGCACCAGGGUCGCGUUUGGGGAAACUGGUCUAAAUCAUUUGGGCUGUGCCACUCAACCUGCGCUAGGGCAAUUAAGUCCCAAUGCCGUGGAUUGCAAUCGUUAUAUCCUAGUAACAUGUGGCAAUGAUGGCUGAAACAUGACAGACGAUGGUAUUCAAACCAAAUUGGAUGCAAAAGAGGGAUGCAAAGCUGGCCAAAACAAGCUUUAAAUACAGAAUGAACAUCUGUACAAUUCUAAAAUAUGCUUAAAGAAUGCAGGGCACACACAGCCAUUGGAGAAAUGUGAACCAUGUCUGACACACCUGUAUUUAAUUAGGCUCUUUAACGUCUUAAUUAAUCACACUGGCGUCAUUCAUGGGAAAUACGUCUCAGAAUAGCCAAAAGCCAGGUGACGGGUAACAAUUAGUGUGGGCUUUCAAGUUGAAGUGGUAGCUACAGUAUUAUAUAACCCUUUGGCCCUCGCCGCACUGUUCGUCAUGGGCGACUAUCAAGCCUAGAUGACAUGAAGGGACUGAGAGGUGUCCACAUUGUGGAUGUUGGCUACAGACUUAAUCCACUUGUGUUGGUGAUCACCCUCCCAAUAAAUAAGGGGGAGAAAAAAGCACAUCACAAAGAUGAGACUAAAAUGGGCAGCCUUUGCACUGCUCAGGGCUCAAUGGUGACUCUUGCUGGGACAUGAACUUCGGCACCUUGAUUCCAUGUGUAAUUACAAGCACCAUCCAAUGUAAAAUAACUAGUUGUGAGUCGCAAUAGGUAUUUGUGUGUGUGUCACUGGAUGGAGAGUAGAAGACUUGUGCUAAAUAGUUCCAAACUGCCUGAUGUGACCUAGAACAUGCUUAAUGCCAUUUAUAAUAUAUUGUGAAUGUAAACCAGCAGCUCUAAACCUUAAAAUAAGGCGGCUUCUCAUUAAACACCAAUUAUUUAACAUGUUAUGUGGUGGUUAUAAACUGGGCUGUAGUGCAACGUAGAAUCAGAGGAGUUUGCCAUUGAAGUCUAUAUAUAUAUAUAUUUCUCAAAAGUUUCCUUUUUUAAUUGUAAUGCUUUUCCUCUCUCCUUCCAGAAAUGUUUCUGAAAAUUAUGGCGUGUGUAUAUUUGUCUGUAUAUAUGCAUGCAUACAUGCAUACAUACAUACAUUAUAUAUACAUACAUACAUAUCUCUGUCUCUCUGUGUGUCUGUCUGUGCACAGUACCAGUCAAAAGUUCGGACACACCUACUCAAGGGUUUUUCUUUAUUUUUACCAUUUUCUACAUUGUAGAAUAAUAGUGAAGACAUCAAGUUAUGAAAUAACACAUAUGGAAUCAUGUAGUAACCCAUUUUAGUUUUUUUAACAAAUCAAAAUAUAUUUUAGAUUUGAUUCUUCAAAUAGCCACCCUUUUCCUUGAUGACGGCUUUGCACACUCUUGGCAUUCUCUCAACCAGCUUCACCUGGAAUGCUUUUCUAACAGUUUUGAAGGAGUUCCCACAUGUGCUGAGCACUUGUUGGCUGCUUUUCCUUCACUCAGUGGUCCAACUCAUCCCAAACCAUCUCAAUUUGCUUGAGGUUGGGUGAUUGUGGAGGCCAAGUCAUCUGAUGCAUCACUCCAUCACUCUUCUUCUUCGUCCAAUAGUCCUUACACAGCCUGGAGGUGUGUUGGGUCAUUUGUCCUGUUGAAAAACAAAUGAUAUUCCCACUAAGCGCAAACCAGAUGGGAUGGUGUAUCUCUGCAGAAUGCUGUGGUAGCCAUGCUGGUUAAGUGUCCCUUGAAUGUUAAAUCAAUCGGACAGUGUCACCAGCAAAGCACCAUAACACCAGUUCCGUGCUUUACGGUGGGAAAUACACAUGCGGAGAUCAUCCAUUCACCCACACCGCGUCUCACAAAGACACGCCGGUUGGAGAAAAAAAUCUCCAAUUUGGACUCAUCAGACCAAAGGACACAUUUCUACCGGUCUAAUGUCCAUUGUUUGUGUAUCUUGGUCCAAGCAAGUCUCUAAUUCAUAUUGGUGUCCUUUAGUAGUGGUUUCUUUUCAGCAAUUUGACCUUGAAGGCCUGAUUCACACAGCCUCCUCUGAACAGUUGAUGUAGAGAUGUCUGUUACUUGAACUCUGAAGCAUUUAUUUGGACUGCAAUUUCUGAGGCUGGUAAAUCUAAUGAACUUAACCUCUGCAGCAGCAGUAACUCUGGGUCUUCCUUUCCUGUGGCGGUCCUCAUGAGAGCCAGUUUCAUCAUAGACCUUGAUGGUUUUUGCAACUGCACUUGAAGAAACUUUUAAAGUUCUUGAAAUGUUCCGUAUUGACUGACCAUCAUGUCUUAAAGUAAUGAUGGACUGUUGUUUCUCUUUGCUUAUUUGAGCUGUUCUUGCCAUAAUAUGGACUUGGUAUUUUUCCAAAUAGGGCUAUCUUCUGUAUACCAACCCCUACCUUGUCACAACACAACUGAUUGGCUCAGGCAUUAAAAAGGAAAGAAAUUCCACAAAUGAACUUUUAACAAGGCACCCCUGUUAAUUGAAAUGUAUUCCUGGUGACUACCUCAUGAAGCUGGUUGAGAAAAUGCAAAGAGUGUGCAAAGCUGUCAAGGCAAAGGGUGGCUAUUUUGAAGAAUCUCAAAUAUAAUUUUUUAAUUUUAUUUGUGUGACAGUUUUGGUUACUACAUGAUUCCUUAUAGUUUUAAUGUCUUCAUUAUUAUUCUACAAUGUAGAAAAUAGUGAAACAUUAAGAAAAACCCUUGAAUGAGUGUGUUUUAACUUUUUACCGGUAGUGUGUGCACAGUGCCUUUGGAAAGUAUUCAGACCCCUUGAUCUUUUCCACAUUUUAUGUUACGGCCCUAUUCUAAAAUAGAUUUUAAAAAUAAAAAUUAUAAUUCAAUCUAUACACAAUACCUCAUGUCAAGGCAAAGUUUAUUUUAUUUUUUGCAAUUGUAUAAAUAUAGAAACUGAUGCCUUGUUUACCUAAGUAUUCAGACCCUUUUCUAUGAGACUCGAAAUUGACCUCGGGUGCAUUCUGUUUCCAUUGAUCAUCCUUGAUAUUUCUACAACUUCAUUAGUCCACCUGUGUCCACCUGUGGUAAAAAAUAAAAAAAAAUUUGAUUGGACAGUCUUGGUGGUUCCAAACUUCUUCCAUUUAAGAAUGAUGGAUGCCACUGUGUUCUUGGGGACCUUCAAUACCGCAGAAAUGUUAUGGUACCUUCCCCAGAUCUAUGCCUCGACACAAUCCUGUCUCGGAGCCCUACGGACAAUUCCUUCGACCUCAUGGCUUGGUUUUUGCUCUGACAUGCGCUGUCAACUGUGGGACCUUAUAUAAACAGGUGUGUGCCUUUCCAAAUCAUGUCCAAUCAAUUGAAUUUGAUCAAUGGAAACAGGAUUCAGCUGAGCUCAAUUUUGUGUCUCGUAGCAAAGGGUCUGAAUAUUUAUGUAAAUAAUGUAUUUUGUUUUUUUAUUUGUAAUACAUUUGCAAAAAUUUCUAAAAACCUGUUUUCACUUUGUCAUUAUGGGGUAUUGUGUGUGUAGAUUGUUACAUUACAGCCUUCAUCAAUGUGGAAAAAGUCCAGGGCUCUGAAUACUUUCCAAAUGGGGGGGUGGUGUGUGUGUGUGUGUGUGUGUGUGUGUGUUAAAAAAAAAAAUGGUUUCAGAACAUUUUGCCCCCUUUGAAUGUGCAGGCUGCCUGUACAAAAAAAAAAUGUUUAGCUGAAGUAUCCCUAAGUCUGUACCUGUUUUCUUGUACUACGUUAUAUGUUGGAGUGUCUUGAAGAUGACACUAAGAAUUAUUUUAAAUUAUUAUUAUUUUAGACGUGGGCCUGGGAAUUCAGUCUACCGUGCCCGUUGCGAAGGAUCAGGAUUUCGGGCCAAUUCUAUUUCAAUUCAGGAAACUCUGAUGAUGAUGAUGAUUGAAAUUCUAAGUAUUGGCUUGAUAAUUGUUCAUUGUUUUCUAUGUUUACUUUUCAAGCUGACUGCACUGCAAUGAGAUUGAUCCCCAAACAUGCUUAUUCUCCAAAACCCGACCCCCAAGCAACAGAGACUAGAGUCUGGUUUCAAUGAUGGGCUCUUUUGGCAAAGAGGAACUAUGUCAUUGCCUACGUUGAUAAGGGUGAGAUCUGGUGACUCUCCCAACAAAUCACGAGGUAGACAUGCCAAAACCUUGUGAAGCAAAGGUUGCAGCCAAAAUCUAUUUUGUAUUAUAUUCAAGUGGGUAAAGUAGUUGCAUAAGCAGUGAUGUGGUUCCCCUAUGCCAAAAUAGUCUGUCAUUGAAACCAGAACUUAGUCAUUGAACAAAUUUACAUGCACACCAAUAUCCUGUUUUUCGUGCAGUGUGCAGGCUCAAUCUUACAAAUCAUGGGUGUUGUGUGAUAUUUUCAUUUGAUUUGUCAAACAAAUCUCUUCCAAAAGGUAGGCUACCUGCACAGUUCGUACGACCAAAAUAAUUCAAUCAUUCAUUUAGCUGAUUCUCCGUACUGGACUCGAGAGAUUAAUAAAAAAGUAUAAUAUUAAUAUUCUUCAUUCUUGUUCCCAAGACAUUUGUUGUAUAAUUUUACUGCUAGUGAUAGUAUUAUAUGAGACUGCAUGUGAGAGGUUAUAGGCCCUACUGUCAGUCUGUGUUUCUGUUACAAUUCCAUUUAACCUUUAAGUAAAUGAGGAAUAUUCAGUUUAUUCAUUCCAGAAUAAUACCUUAAGCGGGAUAUGAGCUACUAUCCGGAAUACUGUGCCCAUGUAAAUUUGGUCACUGCUUCCUAGGGUCGGGUUUCUGAGACUCAAAUCUGUUUGACUUGCCUAGUUAAAUAAAGGUUAAAAAAAAUGUAAUAAGGCCUAUGGCGUGGUGUCGGGUAAGUGAACUCCCACUCUUAGCCACAAGAGGGCAGCAGAUCCCUUCUGUCUUAGACUCUGCCUGUGCGGUUGGUCUGAGAGGGCUGUUAAAGCCAUUUUCUACAGUUUGAAUAAAUGUGAACAUGUAAAGGAUAGUAAACAAAAAAAUGAAAUGCUGCUGUAGCAUGUUAUUUUAUAAAGUUUUCAAUAAAAUCUAAUGAAAAAUGUGAA